GACAAUUGACCAAAUCAAGGCGCACCCGGUGCUCGCCAUCCUGCGAGAUACCUCGCCUAGGCGCCAGGUCCCAAGUGCUGGGGUAACGCCGCAAGCCGCCGGUUCGGCCACCGGUGGUGCGGAGGCUGCCUCAAGCCUCGAGGAGCAGCAAGCCGCCGAUGCGGCCGCUGCGACGAAGUCCUCUGGCGGCUCCAGCAUCUCCUUGAUGCUGGAUGUGCCUUUGCUAACGGUCAACUGCUACGUAGAGCUGCCAGCACAGUUCAGGCACCCCGAGGACCUUCGCACUCGCAUGGAGGCCAUGCAGCAGUCCGGGGCACAGCUUCAGGUGCCAUUCUGGGUAACGACAAGUAGCAAGUCUUGGUGCGGUCCCGGCGACUGGCCAACGAUGGCUUGCGCCGACCCGGUGGUGCGGUGGGGUCUCAGCCUAACCCCGCUCUUGACAGGCAGCAUCACCAACGUGCGAGCCGGUCUGCGCCUGAGCAGGAACGGCCAACUGCAGGCUGCGGUACAAACUACAGGUUGCCAGGUAUCGGACCACCAAGCUCGCUUUAAGGGCCAGCUAUACGACCAGGUCUGGCGGGCGAACGCGGGUCGUGCGUCUUGUGGCCCUGCUGCUCGCGGAACUGCUUUCCCACAAGACCUGCUACCUGAUGGCGACGGCUUCCAGCUUCUUGGCCCUCUGGCGACACGUGCAGACGCGAUGCGUACGUUUGCGCGUGACCGGCGCCGCGCGGCAUUUAACCUGAGUAUCCAGCUGGUCCCCAGCCGAGCGGAAAGGCGUGGGCAAGCUCAGCAGCUGUGGAGACGGCUAAUUGAAGUGCGGCAACUGCACCGCGCCAGCGACUUUGCUAUGUUCCUGCUCUCGACAACACACAGCACGGCGGAGCGGCUUCUGAUAAAUGCUCGGCUGCGCCCGUUUGACUGCUACCAGGCUUUGCGUAAAUCCCAGGCCGAUGAGGAUGCAGCCUCAGCCUUUGCGCAGCGGGCCGCUCGGUCUAGCGUUGCCGGCAAUGAUACCGGCCCAUUUCCAAGUGUCUUCAACGCCGUCUUUGGUCAGGAUUCGAAGCUGGGAGGGCGCCUCGGUAGCACCGCGCCAUUACUGCAACGCCGCACGUCCAUGCAUGGGCGCAGCAGAAGCGGAUUUGCCGCUCUGGCGACGAGCGCAAGCCGGUUCGGGCUCCAGGCGUCGCAUCACCGCAAGGCGGCAUCCAUGGUGCAGGCGCUUAGCUCAGUCA